AUGGCUUUUAAAGAUGUUCUUGUCACAUCAUUACUAAUUAUAACUGCACACGGACCAUCGGAUAAUGACCAUUGCCUAAAGAAGGCUCAAACCCUUGAAAUGGAUGUCGAAACUGUUGAGCAUAAAAAAGAGACCAUUCUACCCUUCAUCUCAUGCAAGUUAGCUAUUACACAUGGGGGUUUAGAGGCUAGACCCAUGAUCGGACCACCACUAGGACACAAUGCUGCUGAGAGCUGGACCACCAAGCAAUGUGGAAUUGGCCUCUCACCUAGUUUGGAAUCAAAAUGUCCAAUAGAUGGGAGAACACUGAUCCGUUGUCAAAAACCCAGUGUACAUACAUUAAUCAGAUUAAGAAAGUCAUCGUGA